AUGGCCGAGAACGACCGCCGAAACCAAGGCUACCGUGGCGGGCGCAAACGCCGCUACAGAGAUGACGAUGACUUUGAUCGCCGUCCCCAGCGUCGCAGAUAUGAAGAGCCACUGUUUGUUCAGGUCCGGCGUCAGUUGUUGACUAUCGCGGAGUCGGCUGCGCGGAGAGUCGAAGAUGAUAUUCAGAGCAUCGCAAAGACCGUUUCCGAGAACUAUGACGAUGAGGAGAUUCGCCGCGACUUUGUCAACAUCUCCCUUGAUCUUGUUCUCGAACAACCCAUGAAGAUUCCCUUUAUCGCCGGUACUGUUUUGGUCGCCCAUAGUUUGAAGCCUGAGCUUGGUUCCGAGGUUUUGAUCAAGGCCGGCGAGGCUCUGCAGAAAUACAUUGAUACUGGCGCAUGGCGUGAGGUCAAGCUUCUUAUUCGGUUCUUGGGUAUCUUGCAGCCGAUUUUUGAGGGCGAGGGCAUCUUUCCGCUCUUGGAGGAGCUGUUCGCUCGUGCCGUCGAUCUUCAGACUGCUUCUUCGGAGGAUUUACUUGGUCUCGAGCUCGUGAAGAUCAUUCAGUUCACCCUUCCUUACGUGAUGAUCUCCCCUGCUACCGGCUUUGAGGCCCAGGCUUCCGCGCUCCUCGAGAAGACCGAUAUCAUUGCAUCUACACCACACGCUCUCGUCGAUCUAGUCAACACAUUUAGUCCCGAGGGCGAUUCCGCAGCUGGCUCCAGCGUUAUCAGCUUGAUGCAGUCCCAGCUCCAAGGAGAGACCAGCAAAGGCUGGGAGCUCAAGUGUCUUCCUCGUCCCUGGAAAGACAUUCGUGACACCGAGACUGAUGAGCUCAAGUCAUUCGACUCAGUGACCAAGGUCCCCUUCCCUGAACUUACUGUGCCUAACCCCGUACCAAACGGCUCGCGUCCUCUCUUCCCGGAAGUUUAUCUUUCGGUUUAUGCCAAUCAAGAAUUCGACACUGUCCCAUCAGUUUCAGACAUCUCUUCGUCACUCAUUCGAGACGCACUGGUUGAUACUAUCAACCUUCUGGAUUUCAACCGUGUCGCCACGGCCAAGUUCCUGAUCGAUCUCGACUGCUAUUUUACUCCUCACAUAUUCAUUAAGCGUGCCACACCUUUCGACCGCAUGCGCGAUAUUCCAGAAGAACAGCGUGCUUGGAAGCCAGAGGACGUAGCUGUGGAUGCUGUGUUCUCGCAGCUAUUCCAGCUGCCGGCUGCAGAGCACAAGCUUGUUUACUAUCAUUCCCUGCUCACUGAGUGCUGCAAGAUUGCCCCGGCGGCAAUUGCUCCCAGUUUGGGUCGUGCGAUCCGAUUCUUGUAUAACAACCUGCAAACCAUGGAUCUGGAGUUGACCAACCGUUUCCUUGACUGGUUCGCUCACCAUCUGAGCAACUUUGGCUUCACGUGGAAAUGGAGCGAGUGGGCUGACGACCUCGAUCUUCCUGCCAUUGACCCUAGAAUGUCUUUCAUCACCGGUGCUCUGGACAAGGAGAUCCGGCUGAGCUUUGCUCAGCGCAUUAAGGGAACUCUCCCGGAGCCUUACCCUAAGCUGAUCACACCAGGCAAAGAAAAAGACACUCCCGAGUUCAAAUAUUCCUCUGACAUGACACCAUACUCUAAAGAAGGACAGGAACUCAUGCAAUUAGUCCGCAAGAAGGCCACAGAUGAAGAAAUUCAGCCCGUGAUGGCCGCUAUCGAAGAGCAAGCCAAGGGCCAAGGCGUCGAAGACCCAAAGAUUCCCUCAACAGACGCAUUCGUCACUUCUCUCUGCUUCGUCGGCUCCAAGUCCCUUUCGCAUGUCCUGUCAUGUAUCGAACGCAGUAAAGACCGUCUCUUGGCCCUCGGCACCGAGUCUCCUCGUGCCCGCUGCCAGAUCAUCACAUCGGUCAUGGAAUACUGGGCCGACCAACCCGGCAUCGCCAUUAACAUCAUCGACAAGCUGCUGAACUACACAAUCCUCAGCCCUCUCUCCGUCCUUGAGUGGGCGCUCUCCGAGUCCGUCGCGGCCGGAACCAUCCUCUCCAAGGCUCACAUCUUUGAGAUGAUCUCUGCCACCGUCGGAAAGGUUACCAACCGCAUGCGCCAGAUCGUCGCUGCUCGCACUCAGCCCGGUCUCUACGAGCCCCAGCUGACCGUCAUCGACGAGACCCUCGUCCGUGAGCGUGCCGAUAUGCGGGCCCUCUUCAAAUUCAUCGAAGACUCUAUCGUCUCCGUCGCUGCUGGCAGCAACGACGAGCAGAUGGAGCGCGGUGAUGGCAGCGGUAAUCUACCUGAGGAUGCCAUCAUCCGCCAAUGGGGACGUCGCUGGCUCCGCGUGUUCCGCAGAAAGGUUGCUGUCGAGGAGACCUUUAUCACCGAUGCCUUGGCUCGUGCUACUCCUCUUGGUACCGUUGCUCCUGCGCAGGAAAAUGUCGCUGAUGGAGAUCUCGACAUUGCCGAUGCUGAUGGCCAGUAA